GUUCAUGGACUCAGACUUCUCCCUACUCAAACAGAACCAGCACAAAGACAUGAUGGAUUUUAAGGCGUUAUUUGGAGAAACGGAUCACUGUAAAGAUGUCCGCAGUGAGAUCACGGUGUCCUCUCCGGAGCCGGACCGAUCCUCCUCCGCUGCUGCCGCCGCGGCUCUGAUGGAGGGUCAGAGGAAGAGGAAGAGGACCAUCUUCAGCCGAGCUCAGCUGUCUGAGCUGGAGCAAGCCUUCGCUGUGACUCCCUACCCGGACAUCACCCUGAGGGAGAGGCUGGCUGCGCACACACACCUGCCCGAGAGCAAGAUACAGGUGUGGUUCCAAAACAGAAGAGCCAGAAGUAUCAAGACUGGGAGACUCCCCAAGUCCAGCAAGUCCGUCCUGGGAGGUAGAGGAGUCGUUGAUCCUCCUCCUGGUCCUGUGACCUCUGCUUUCCUCACCUCGACCACCCUGGCAGACAUAUUCAGGCCCGAGCAGAGCCACUCCUGCGAGGAUGUCCCACAGAUGUAUUCUGACUGGAUCCAGAUCUACAGCAACCCCGUGUCAUCGCCGCCAUCUUCCUCAUCUCUCCACCAGCAGCCCACACUGGCCUCCGCAAAGCCUCCAGAGUCUCAUCACUGGGAGGAGGAGCACCACCAGCGGCAGCACCUGGGACCAGCACUGCCUGGGUUCCUCCCUGGUUCUUUUACUCAGCCCGUCAGCAGGCAGCCUCAGCACUCGGCCUCCGCCCGCUCCUACCAGGCCUUCAGGAACUUCAAACCCCAGACGAUGGCUCCAUCUGGGGCUCAUCAGGCUGUGUAUGGAGGCGGUGCUGCAGGUGGAGGUCACACCUCUGUAGAUCAGGUGGUUCCUUCCCACCCACAGCCGGUGUACUGGGAGGUAACUCAGGGCCAAGCACACCACCACCACCCACACCACCAUCACCACCUACAGAUGGGACCACAGACCUCCAUGGGAUACAUUUCAGACCUGAUCUACAACGCUGCCAUUGUCACCAACUUCCUGGAGUUCUGAUCAGUCUGGUCGUGGAGCAUGAACUGGGAAUAUUUAGUAUACUGUGCUGUUUCUGUCAUUUCUAUUUCCUGUUACACCUCACGUGUUAAAAUCUGUCCCUUGUGUUAGCAGAGCUGAGUGUUUCUCCAGCCCCUAUAGAAUUGUUUUCAAGUUGUUGUUAGUCUGUCUUUGUCGUGCUUUUUUUUGUAUGUUCCAGUUAUGUUUUGAACAUGUUAUUGAUCUGAUUUAUUUAGUCCCAGUUCAGUUCACAAAUUUGACAUAUUUUUGGCUCAGUUUUCAGUGUGAUGACUC